AAUCGAAUCGUAUCGUAUCGUAUCGAAACGAAACGGCAGAGAGUGGUGUGUGGAAGCUUCAAGAUGCAAUUGCAGCAUUGUCUAGUCGCUGCAACGCUGCUAAUUGUGGCUAGUGUGAAUGGCCAAAAUAAAGAGAAGGAGGACUUUCAGUGCCCCUCACACAUUGCCAAUGGCAACUAUGCGGAUCCUGCCACCUGUCGUCGGUUCUACCAGUGCGUGGACGGCUAUCCGUAUUUGAACCGCUGCCCGUCCGGCCUCUACUUUGACGAUUUACAGAAGUACUGCACAUUCAAGGAUGAGGCCAAGUGCGGCCCACUGCCAACAACUCCUGCCCCUGCCACAGAUGCACCGGCAGACACCGCCCAGCGCUGCAGCACCGAGGACUGUGCCCUGCCCUACUGUUUCUGCUCGAAGGAUGGCACACAGAUACCUGGCGACCUCGAGGCCGAAAAGGUCCCACAAAUCAUCAUGAUAACCUUUGAUGGUGCUGUCAAUCUGAAUAACUACGAUCACUAUACGAAAAUCUUUAAUGGCAAGCGCAAGAAUCCCAAUGGCUGCCUCAUCCGUGGCACCUUCUUCCUGUCCCACGAAUACAGCAACUAUCAACAGAUUCAGCAUUUGGGCUAUGCCGGACACGAAAUCGCUACGGAGAGCAUCUCGCAGCAGCAGGGCCUCCAGGACAAGGGCUACGAGGAGUGGGUCGGCGAAAUGAUUGGCAUGCGUGAAAUUCUGCGACACUUUGCCAAUGUGUCCGUCAACGAUGUGGUCGGCAUGCGUGCCCCAUUCCUUAAGCCCGGUCGCAACACCCAGUACAAGGUGCUAGAGGACUUUGGCUAUAUUUACGACAGUUCCAUCACCGUGCCACCAGUAGCCGUGCCCGUGUGGCCCUACACCCUGGACUACAAGAUCUCGCACGAGUGCAAGAGCGGUACAUGCCCGUCGCGCACCUUCCCCGGCGUGUGGGAGGUGCCACUGAAUACCCAUUAUGUGGAGGGAUUCGAGGGCGGCCACUGCCCCUACAUGGAUCAGUGUGUGCUCCACAAUCUGGACGAGGAGGAGGUGCUGGCCUGGCUCCAAGAGGACUUCUCGCGGUACUACGAACAGAACAAGGCCCCCUACAUGAUGCCAUUCCACACGAACUGGUUCCAGACCAAGCCACUGGAGAACGGCCUGCACAAGUUCCUCGAUUGGGCACUUGAACUACCCGACGUCUACAUCCUGACGGUGACCCAGACGCUGCAGUACAUGACCGAUCCCAAGGAGCUGCGCGACGUGAACCAGAUCGAGUCAUGGAAGUGUGACAAGAGCGUCGCCGUGGCCCCAAAGCCCUGCAACAUAUGGCAGACAUGCGCCCUGCCGUUCAAGAUACCCGAACAGAAUCUGACGGACACCCGCUAUAUGGAGACCUGUCGCGAGUGCCCCAAUGUCUAUCCCUGGCUGGGCGAUGCCGGCGGCACAGGCAUCCAGGGUCAGGACAACUACAUCUUCUCGGGUGCCAGCGGCGAUGAGGCCGAAGAUGACAGCACUGCCAACUAGAAAGUGUUUCAAUCUUUCCUCCAAACCCCAGACCCCAAACCCCAAACCCUAAACCCCAAACUCCAAACCCAAACCAAUCUCUUCUUUUUCUUUUCCCUCGACCAAUAGCUUUCCCUCCUGUUUUCUUGGUUGUUUAUUUUUUGUAUUUUUUUUUGUAUCGUUUCUCUUGUUUCCCUUGUGCUCCCAGUAAUUUCUCACACACCCACACAUGCCAGUCAUGAUGAUCCAAUAAUGAGCUCCUCAGCUCAUUCAUUUCCACAUUUUCCGCACCACCCCGCCCUGCCCCCCCUCAACUUUCUUAUACGUAUAGCUCUUAAGCGAAAUUAUGUCAGAUUGUUCUUAGUUUAUAAGCGACAAAAUGUAUGUAAAACCAAUUUUUUUGUAUGAAUAAAAUGAUUAUUUCCAAAAGAA